AUGCUCGGAGCUGUUUUGCGAAGGCGGGCGCUUCAGCCCAAUGUCCUGAGAUAUGGUCUCUCCUCGCAAUUGAUCCGAUGCUACGCCUCGUUCCCUCCUCACACCCUCGUCAAGAUGCCCGCCUUGUCCCCGACGAUGACGGCGGGAAACAUUGGCGCUUGGCAGAAGAAGGCUGGUGAUACCAUUGCCCCUGGUGAGGUGCUGGUGGAAAUCGAGACCGAUAAGGCUCAGAUGGAUUUCGAGUUUCAGGAGGAGGGCGUCAUUGCCAAGCUUCUAAAGGACUCUGGUGAGAAGGACGUCGCCGUCGGUAACCCUAUCGCUGUCCUCGUUGAGGAGGGAACCGACAUUUCCGCUUUCGAGAACUUCACCCUUCAGGAUGCCAAUAGCGAGGUCGCUCCUGCUGCCCCUGCCGCUAAGAAGGAGGAGCCCGCACAACCGACGCCCGCCCCCUCCGCCGAAUCCGCCUACCAACCCUCGGCCGCCGAUGAGUUGACAACUACCUCUGGUGGAAGGCUGCAGACCGCUCUUGACAGGGAGCCCAACAUUGCUCCUGCUGCCAAGCGAUUGGCUCUCGAGAAUGGAGUGUCCCUCGAGGGUAUCAAGGGAACCGGCAAGGGUGGAAAGAUUGUUGAGGAGGACAUUAAGAAGGCCAUCGCCAGCGCGGCCGUCUCUGUAGCUGCUCCCGGUGCCGCGUUCGAGGAUAUUCCCGUAUCCGGCAUGAGGAACGCCAUCGCCAACAGGCUCAAGGAGUCGGUGCAGACCAACCCCCACUUCUACGUGACCAGCAGCAUCUCGGUCUCGAAGCUCCUCAAGCUCCGCCAGGCACUCAACAGCUCCGCCGACGGCAAGUACAAGCUCUCCGUCAACGACUUCCUCAUCAAGGCCAUGGCUCUCGCCGCGCAAAGGGUCCCCGCCGUCAACUCUAGCUGGAGGGACGGCUUCAUCAGGCAAUUUAAUUCGGUCGACGUUUCCGUCGCUGUCGCCACCCCCACUGGCCUCAUCACCCCCAUCGUAAACGGCGUCGAGGCCCGCGGUCUCGAGUCCAUCUCGUCCAAGGUCAAGGAGCUCGCCAAGAAGGCCCGCGACAACAAGUUGAAGCCCGAGGAGUACCAGGGCGGCACUAUCUGCAUCUCCAACAUGGGCAUGAACGACGCCGUCGACCACUUCACCGCCAUCAUCAACCCUCCUCAGUCCACCAUCCUCGCCGUCGGCACGACCAGGAAGGUUGCCGUGCCUGUUGAGAAUGAGGACGGCACGACGGGCGUCGCGUGGGAUGAGCAGAUUAACGUGACGGCCAGCUUCGAUCACAAGGUUGUUGAUGGUGCUGUCGGUGCUGAGUGGAUCAGGGAGCUCAAGAGGAUCCUCGAGAACCCUCUCGCUCUUAUGCUAUAA